AUGGAGAAGAUAGAGCACAAGUACGUACAAGUCAACGGUCUGAAGCUCCACGUGGCGGAGAUCGGUAGCGAGUCAUCGCCGGCGGUGGUGUUCCUCCACGGAUUCCCAGAAAUAUGGUACUCGUGGCGCCACCAGAUGAUCGCUGUCGCCGGAUCCGGGUACAGAGCGAUCGCGCCCGAUUACAGAGGGUACGGACUAUCCGACCCGCCGCCCGAACCCGAGAAGACCACGUUCCUGGACCUGGACGCGGAUCUCCUCGGACUUCUCGAUGCUCUCAACAUCUCCAAGGUUUUUCUGAUCGCCAAAGAUUUUGGAGCAUUGGUUUUAUCGAUAUUCACCCUUCUCCACCGGGACCGAGUAUCAGGCUUUGUGACGAUGGGUGUACCGUUCAUGCUCCCGCGUCCGCCCACAUGGCAUCACCACCUCCCAGAAGGCUUCUACAUUUCGAGAUGGAAGGUUCCGGGGCGUGCGGAGGCUGAUUUUGAGCGAUAUGAUGCCAAGACAAUAGUUAGGAAUGUGUACAUCAUGUUCUCCAAGAGUGACAUACCGAUUGCACAAGAAAACCAGGAGAUUAUGGACCUGGUCGAACCGAACACUCGUUUACCUUGUUGGUUUACUGAGGAAGACCUUGCAACCUAUGGAGCCUUGUACGACAAAUCAGGUUUUCGGACUGCACUUCAGGUCCCUUACAG